AUGGCCUCGGAACAGAACUCAAACCAGCAUGUUGUGCAACCUUCCUUUGUUCAUGAAGGUCGUAAUGAAACUGUUGGUAAUGUUGUCAACAGUUUUUCGCUGCCAGCCAAUCAUGUCGAAACAUCUGGUCCUUCCAGUCCGAAAACUGCAAAAAUUACCAAUCAUGCUGCAUCAUCUGCCCCCAUCAGUCCCUCCCCAAAUCAAGCAGUUGUUGCAUCUGUUCCCGUAUCUUCAGUUCAAACUAAUGCUGCAUCUGUUCCCAUAACUGCAGCGCAAAGAUACAUUGCUGACAUAAAUGGACUGAUUGAUACAAAAAGCAUACAUUUCUUUAUUGUUGCCCGGAUUAUGAUGUUAUGGAAAGUACCCGAGUCUUCCAAGAGCAGCAAAAUUAAAUCGAUGGAGAUGACUUUGAUUGAUGCACAGGGUGGUAAGAUUCAGGCUACUGUUCCUGGCCGUUAUGUGAAAGAUUUUCAGGAUAUCUUAAAAGAAGGUUCUGUAAGAAGGCUGUCACGAUUUGAUCAUGGACUGAACAUUGCUGGUGGUUUUCGCUGUGCUAAACACGAAUACAAAAUCGUGUUUGAAUCAAACACAUUGAUUGAAGAUCUGAGAGGUCACAUAAUUGCAUACAGUGAUCCUAUUGUUGACUAUGAUAAAAAAAGGAUUUCUGUUGAACUUGAAGAUGAAAGACGCACUACAGAGGCAGACAUUAUUAAAAAUUAUGUAGAUGAUGUUGCUGAAGAUCAAGACAUUGAUCAUAAAAUGAGUGCAGUAUACAAUCAAAGCAGAACAACUAAUCAGGAUAGUACUGCAAAGGUUGUUGACAAGCAGUUCUUUUCUGGGAUCCACUGGCCUUCAGAACAGAACAUAGCAAAUGCCGUGGAUGUUAAGCAAUACAACUGGGAAUUCAUGAUCUACAGGGAGGAGAAUGAAGCAGCAGGUUUUGAAGGCCCUAAAUGGGAAGAGUUUGUUGACUAUUACUUUAAUCAUCUUAAAUGUAUCAAUGUCAUUUUUGUUUACAUUGGAAAUUUAAAAUUCAAUCUGCGCAUUUUCGACAAUAAAGGUUACUGUUGUAAUCUGAUGCUUGAAGAUUCAGAUACAUCUGAUGGUGAGAUUGAUUUAGUUGCCUACCUUAGUAGUAAUGGAGAUCAGAAUACAUUUUCUGCAAUUAUGAAUAACAUCCAAAUACUACGUGGCAGAUUGGUAUGA